UACCACCAAACUCCAACACUUAUUAAUCUAUAAUAAUAUAUAACAGUUAAUUAAUCUUAAUAAUCUUUAACUAUAAUUUAUUAUUUAUUUAACUAAUAAAUACCCUGCCUUGUCCAUAGGUAUCCUGGAUAAAUUCCCCUAGUCCCCUAAACCUGCACAUACACGCACGGAAAAUAACUCACUCACUUUACUUCAUCUCAAUGCCACAAACCUCAAUUGGGAUAUGCCGAUAGAAAAAGAAAUUUUUCAAUACUUGGCUAUAGUAAUGAGUUACUAGUUAUUAGUUAUUAUUAGUUAUUAUUAGUUAUAUAUGUAUAUAUAUAUUUGUUCUAGAUUUUAGUUAGUUCAAGUAUCAUAUGAAUAUAUAAUAUAAUGUUAACAACUAGACUAAUUUCUAGUUAUGUUGGUAUACGAUCAAUAGUAAAGGGGACGAAUUAUUUGAAGUUUUCGAAUCGAUUUUACACUGUUAAGCCUAAACUAACAAAACCAACUACUCCUAUAAAUAAAGUAGUAAAAGGAUUAUAUGAAGAUCCUAAUAAAUAUUCUACUAUAUUAACAAAAUAUGGUUGGUUUGCCAUACCGUCUACUCAUUACGGAUCUAAAUGGACAAUUGCAAAUAUUGAAUCAUUUAUUGAAUCUCAACCUCAAGAUUCUAUAGAUACUUCAAAUAUUCCUCAAUUACAAAAUUUAAUUAAUGAAAAAUGGGUACCAGAAGCUGAUUUAUCUAAUAUUAUUAAGGUUAAAAAGUUGACUCCAAAAGAAAUAGCUCAUCAAAAAAAUGAAGAACUUUACAUGUCACAAUUAAUAGGAGAUCGAACUAUAGAAGUUGACGUAAAUGAUAAAUCUUCAAAUUCCGAUGAUGGUAGUUCAAAAAAGACAACAAAAAAGAUUGGUUUUAUUCAUGCUUGGAAUUAUUACGUUUCAUUAGAAUAUACUAGAAGAGGUGGAGAGUAUAAAAAAGUUAAAUUGGAAAUUGCUGAAGCAUGGAAAAAAAUUAGUUUGGAAGAGAAAGAUUAUUACCGUAAUGAAUAUAUUAAAUUAUUGGAAUCAGGUAAGGAAAUAUUGCAUGGUAAGGUAGUAGAUCGAGAAGUUAAGUUGAAACAAAAUCAACGUCGUGAAGAUGCCAAAAGAAGAGCAAAAGAAAGAGCAAAAGCAAAAGCUGAAGCUGAAAACCGAGCUGAAGCUAAAAGUCAAGCUGAUACUACUAUAGUUGAUGUUGAUACUGAUCCUAAUGUUAAUGUAAAAAUAUAAGAAAAUUUAUAAUUUAUUUAUUAA